ACGACUUUCAGAAAGCCGCUUCGUUUCCAGUCACCGAGGCAACCGGCGUUAGCGACGCCGACGAACUUCGCCAUGUCAAAGGUUAAUGCUAGCAGGCUCGAGUCGCUAGCAUGGCGUUAGCCGCGCGGCUACAUUUGGUCUAAAUGGAGCCGGUGUGUGUUUAUUUCCUGUUUGUUGACCCGUCUGUCUUAUUCGCAAGCUGGACCAUCGAACUCAAAUGUCAGGGGGCUGUCCGCAGUUUCAUAGCCUUAACGCCAUGCUCUUGUGUUUAGCGGCAGGCAGCCGGUCAAAGUUUACAAGUGGUUGUCGGUGCCUCUGUCGUCGUGGCCGUGUGGGGACGGGGACACCAGGCAGUAACGCAGACAUACUGUGGUGCGACGGAGAGGUGUGUAGGUGAGUUGUUUCACGGGUGGCUGCGGGGGCGUGGAGUUCAUGAGGAAUGCGUGCGAAGAAGAAGAAGAAGAAGAAGAAGGGCCCGAUGUGGCACCGAGCACUGUCUCGUUUAGUCGACUCGCAGUCCGGAAGUAAGACGUUCACACGUCGAAACGCUAUUGGUCAACCCUGGGGGCGAGUUACAUAACUACCGGCUUUUCUGGAUUGUUCCCGCUACAGUUGGAUUCCAGAGACGGAGAGGGGAGGGUCUGCCCGCAGGGCUCCUCUUUGUGUUCAUUUCCUGUCCUGACAGUGGAGUCGACCUGAAAACGGAGCCUGCACUGCAAAUGUACCGACAGAGGCGCCCUGCAGGCUCUGACAGUCAUCCCCAGCAGUCUACGCCUGACUGUAAGAAUGAAGACAACACUUCCAUGACCUCCCUUGGCGUUGCCGUCCGAGGCCUCCCCCUGGCCUGGGCGUCCAUGACACAAGCUGCCACCUCAGACUCGCGCUUUCGCCCAAAAUGGCGGGCGAUCACUGUGGUGACCCUGCUGGCUUUAGUGUUCAUAUUGUACCUGCACUGGACAUCAGGGGACAGAAACACUCCUACCAGAGGUUACUACCACAACAGAGCUCGCAGUUUGGAACUGUACGGCGAGGGUGACGAUGACAUCAUCAGAGACACCAAAAGACAAACUGCCCGUAGCCUCCCUGGUCGUCAGAGAAGGGAGAAGCCUUACAAUGACACUUAUCCGUUAAGUCCGCCAGAGAAGACGAGGAAAGGCAUUCGCUACCGCAUAGGUGUAAUCGCAGACCUGGACACAGCAUCGCGCAGCUCGAAGGAUCAGACAUGGUUCAGCUACAUGAAAAGAGGUUAUCUGACUGUGUCAGAGAGCGCCGACCGACUGCAGGUGGAGUGGGAUGUGGAGACCGUCACCCUGGAGAGUCAUCUGGCUGAGAAAGGACGAGGUAUGGAGCUGUCCGAGCUUGUGGCGUUCAACGGUCACCUGUACAGUGUAGACGACCGUACGGGUGUGGUGUACAGGAUCGAGGGUAACCAGGCUAUACCCUGGGUUAUAUUACCUGACGGGGAUGGGUCAGUCUCCAAAGGGUUCAAGGCGGAGUGGCUGGCAGUGAAGGAUGAGCACCUGUAUGUCGGUGGUCUGGGGAAGGAGUGGACCACAACCUCUGGGGAAGUCGUCAACAACAACCCAGAGUGGAUUAAGGUUGUGGGUCACCAUGGCGACGUGGCGCACGAGAAUUGGGUACCAUACUAUAAUGCCCUGCGAAGCGCAGCGGAGAUCCAACCACCAGGCUACCUCAUCCACGAAUCAGCAGCUUGGAGUGAGCGUCUCCAGCACUGGUUCUUCCUCCCUCGGCGUGCCAGUCAUGAGCACUACGAAGAGACCGCAGACGAGCGGCGCGCCACCAACCUCCUCCUGUUCUGCCACGCAGACUUCAGCUACACGACCGUGCGGCGUGUCGGGCCGCUCGACCCCACCCACGGCUUCUCCUCGUUUAAGUUUGUUCCAGACACGGACGAUCAGAUCAUUCUGGCCCUAAAAUCAGAGGAGGACGCAGGCAGGAUCGCCACCUACAUCAUUGCAUUCACCCUCGACGGUCGGGUGCUAAUGCCGGAGACAAAGAUCGGGGAUGUGAAGUUUGAAGGGCUUGAGUUUAUUUGAAAAAGACUGAUGGUGCACAUGUUCCUGUGGGCCAACUCUGCAGGGGUCCGCUGUCUCAGAGAACUGUUUAUAUGCAACUACCUGAUAAAACAUAACUGUCUCAACAUGGCGUUAAAACAUCCUGGUUUAAUGAGACACUUCUACUCUCCCAACUCCAGGUUAAUGUGGACUUCCACACUCUGCUGGUCUCAGUGGUUAAACACUCAGGGGCAACUAGGUGAAGCGGCGUAACAAAAACAAAACUUGAAAUAUUGAUGUUAUCCAUUGCAUUUGUGUUUUACUUGACCUUUUAAGACACACUAAAGUUUUUCUUAUUACAUUUCUAUUGAUUUAUUUUAUUGGGUCCUGCCAUAUGGUCACUUGAUCAAUGGCAUCUUCUGCUCUGUAACAUGGUAAAUUAUUCUGCGCAGGUCCAGCUCAAAUGUUUGCUCACAUAAAUGUUGAUAAACUGAAUAUCGUUAGCUAUUCAAGCCAGAGGAGUGAAAACACCAGCAAUUCCAUGUAAAGAUUAACUAUUAAUAUAUUCCUUCUGUAUCCUCUUCAAACACGUAUUAAAAUGUCUUCUUUUUUCAGUGAACCACCAACGGUCAUGUGUUUGGUACACAGCAGAAACCGGAUCAAAAACCGAGGACUGACUCAUUCCUGUUCAAAUUUAUAAUAAUUUGCACAACACAACUACGCAUGGGAAAAUAAUUUUAAGCUGUUUACAUAGGCUUAGGCUCUUUUCUAACAUAUUUGUACAAAACUCUGACUGUCACACUGUAACGACUGUCCCUGUCUUAAAAAAGUCACUCAAUUCCCACUGUAUGCAACAAAUUAGAAUUUUUAUUGUUUUUGAAACAAUUUUUUUUAAAUGACAGCUGUUCACUUUACAGUUUUCAUGGCCACAAAAAUCCAUAGUUCUGUAAAACAAAUUUCGGAAAAUGUAAUUUCCAUGAUAAAUGUGACACCUUAAUGGGAGGACAUUGAUUGGCGGUAGAUCAUCUGAUAGGAACUGCGUUCGUUUAACGUGCUGCAGAGGGCAACGGUUAUUCACACAAACAGUUUGACCUUAACAGUUCAAACCUGAGGAGAAUAUUGGCGAGCGAUCUCAUUCACAGGCUUGUUGCCAUGGCGAGGAUGUCUCGAGGUAGACCAGCCACUUGAAUGAGUUUGAAGGAGCCCAGUUUAUUGUAAAAGUCGAGCAUCCGCUGGUCGCUCUGCCUCAACUCACAGAACACUCCUCUGGAACCUGAGAGGAAAAAACGAGAUGGUGUUAUGGAUUUAAUUUCUUUAGGCAAAGACAUAAAGAAAAAACUGACUGGAACAAAGUCGUGAAGCACAGCAAUCGGGAGAAAAUGCCUGCAGAUUUAAAAAAUAAUGUUGAAAAGUUGAUAGUCCAUCUACAUGAUCGUGUUUUUGAGGUUUAACAUUUUAACCCAACAAAAUUAAAAGUUGUUUUUUUUUUGAGUCUGGGAAAAAUGCAAAACUAUCCCCGAUCUGUCCUUGAGCACUGUCCUCCUAGUUCGUUUCGCAGAGGAAAGAAGGGGUCCUCUGUGGAACUUGCUAAAAUACAAUUACAGUUGUAGCUGUUAUUAGUAUAUUUGCAGGUUUACACUUUAUACCAAUACUACAGUGACUGUCCUAGAGAGAGGCACAAGGCUGGCAGGUGUACAAACUGCAUGUGACAUCGUCUGAACAGCUCCCCCUUGUGGAGAAUAUGCAGCUUUGAUUAAACUGGAGUUGGUGAGA